CUUAACCCCAAAACACAGAUUUCACCAAUUUUCCAGAGAGCUGAGAGUGUGAGAAAUAGAAGGUAUGGAUCAUGGUAACCAUGACAUGGGUUCCAUGGCACCACCGCCAUCCAUGAACGGCUCGUCGACGACGAUGCCUCACCGGAAAAUUAUGAUGCACAUGACCUUCUUCUGGGGCACAGCCGCUGAGGUCCUCUUCUCCAACUGGCCAGGCACCAGCACCGGCAUGUAUUACGUGGCCCUACUCUUCGUCUUCGCCCUUGCUGUCCUCGUAGAGUGGCUCUCCCAUUAUCGAAUCAUCAAGGCCGGAUCGGGACACGUGGCCGCCGGACUGGUCCAGACUCUGUUGCACUGUCUGAGGGUCGGGUUGGGAUAUAUGGUCAUGUUGGCUGUCAUGUCGUUUAACGCUGGUGUGUUUCUGGUUGCUGUUGCUGGGCAUACUUUGGGGUUCUUCCUUUUUGGCAGUAGGGUUUUCAAGAAAUCUGUGGAGGAUGAUAAGAGAUCUGAUCUUCCUCCAGUGAGGUGUUGAAUAUUUUAGGAUUGAUUAAUGGAGCUAAUUGGAGUGAACCAGUACCCAUUUAAUUCAAAAUUGUGGCUUCAAAACUUCUGGAUUCUUUCUUCAGUUGCUUGCGUGGCCAUGCC